AUGGGGAUUUCUGGAUCGUUCCUGCUGAUCCUGUCCUGCUGGCGCCUACCUUCCUCGCUGAGUGGACGACGAGGUCCCGUCACCAAUUUCCCACCGCCCUUCAGCCUUCGGACGUCUGCGCCGCAAGGAUUCUUGGGUGUUGUAGUUCCUAUCUCCCGUGACGUAUUUCCGGCGCGCCCGGUCCAGCCCCAGCGCUGUUGCGCCGGCGGCCGUGGUUCGCUGAGGUUGCUGUGCGCCUGUAUUCGGCAGCUGACCCUUGUCUGGUCCCGGGGGCUGCGGGGCGGACCACUGGGGCUGAGGGCAGGAGGAGGCGACGGUGGUGGUGAUCAUGAUGGGGGCCACGGGGUCCCCGAGGGCGUAGUGCGGGCACCUAUGAGCUUCGAGAAUGUGGCUGUGACCUUUAGCUGGGAGGAGUGGAGGUGCCUGGAGUCUGCCCAGAGAGCCCUGUACCGUGACGUGAUGCUGGAGACCUGUGAGCACCUGGUCUUCUGGAGUGGAGAGAAGCCAUAUAUGUGUAAUCAGUGUGGAAAAUCAUUCAGCUGUUGCCCCAAGCUUGUUGUACACCAGAGAACACACAAUGGAGAAAAGUCCUAUGGGUGUCAUCGUUGUGGGGAAUCUUUCCGCCAGAGCUAUGACCCCAUCGUACAUCAGAGAACUCAUACUGGAGAGCCCCCCUAUGAAUAUAGCCAGUGUGGGAAAUCUUUCAGCCAGAGUUCUAAACUUACUAGGCAUCAAUGAACUGAUACUGAAGAUAAACCAUAUCUAUGUCGCAAGUGUGGGAAGUCCUUCAGGUGGAACUCUAACCUCAUUGUACCAAGAAUUCAUACUGGAGAGAAACCUUAUGAGUGUGCUCAUUGUGGAAAGUCCUCAGCCAAAGCUCUGACUUCCAUCACCCAUCAAAGGACUCACACUGGAGAGAAACCAUACAAAUGUAACCAGUGUGGAAAGACCUUCAUUCGAAGCCCAAGACUUAUUAGGCAUCUCCGAAUUCAUACCAAAGAGAAGCCAUAUAAAUGCAGGCAGUAUAAGAGAACUCAUACUGGAGAGAAGCCUUUUGAAUGCAGUCAGUGUGGAAAAGCCUUCACUUGGAGCUCUCACCUCCUUUCCCACCAGAGAAUUCACUCCAGAGAAAAGCCAUAUGGAUGUAAAGACUGUGGGAAGUCCUUUAGUCAGAAAUCUCAGUUUGUUGUGCGUCAGCAAACCCAUACUGGAGAGAAACCCUACAAAAGCAAUCAUUGCGGCAAAGCUUUCAGCCAGAGGUCCUCCCUCUUUGUGCACCAGAGGAUGCAUACUGGAGAGAAGCCUUAUGAAUGUGUUGACUGUGGAAUAGCCUUCAUGACCAGUCAACCCUUACUAAACAUGAGAGAAGGCACAGUGGAGAGAAACCCUAUGAAUGUCCCUUUGGACCACUCAGUACGUCCCUACCGGAGACGGAGGCCCCAAUUGGCCUUCAAACGGCCGAGCAUCACAGUUGAGUUGCUCCUGAGCCCCCAACCCCCGCCUCUAAUAGCCCCGUCGGUGACCACAACAUCCCUAUUGGUUGGAGGCCCGGCCGGCGGCGUUUCCCAUUGGUCGGGCGCCGCGGCGCGCCGCAUUGCCAUCUGGGAGUUGUAG